AUUGAAGAGUUACAGCGACAGCUGUCAGUGGAGAGGACGCGGGCGGAUGAAGAGAAGCAGAAGCUGGCAGAGACAUACAAGACGCAGAUGUCCAGCCUGGAGGAGAAAUGCGCUCAGAAAACUCAGCAAAUGCAGAUCAUUCAGGCAGAGUUCAGGAUGAUGAAGGAGUUCCGCAGACGUAAAGCGGAUUUGGAGAAGGAGCUGGACGAGAUUGAAGAGUUACAGCGACAGCUGUCAGUGGAGAGGACGCGGGCGGAUGAAGAGAAGCAGAAGCUGGCAGAGACAUACAAGACGCAGAUGUCCAGCCUGGAGGAGAAAUGCGCUCAGAAAACUCAGCAAAUGCAGAUCAUUCAGGCAGAGUUCAGGAUGAUGAAGGAGUUCCGCAGACGUAAAGCGGAUUUGGAGAAGGAGCUGGACGAGAUGAAGGAGAGCCUGCGGAUAGGUAGCCGGGAGCAUAAAGAGUCGCUGGCGGCCAUGGAGAGGCGCUUCUUUCAGGACAAGCAACGCCUGGAGAAGGAGGCAGAGAAGAAAAUUGUAAUGCUGGCAGAAAAAGCUCAUAAUGAGGCCAUCGUGCAGCUGGAUGAUGCAGGAAGAUCCAUCUUCAAGGAGAACGUUCGCCUGAAAGAGGCCAUCUCUUAUCAUGUACGUGAGGCAUACAGUUUGCAGAAGGCCAUCACACAACUGAAGGAGGAAAAGGAGCGUCUUCUGCAGGAGAAGGAAACCAAUGAAAAGUUGGUUCAGGAAAAAGUUCUGGAAGUGUUCCAUAAAAACGCCCAGAUCCAGGAAUUACAGAGGACUGUGCGGACAAUGGAGCAUGCCGAGCAGAGGAGGCUGGAGAUAGAGGACGGCAUGCAGAAGAAUCAGCUCCAGAUACAAGGAGUAGACCAGACAGGAAGUGCAGAGCUGCAGAAGCUCCACAAGCUCCUGGAGAUGAAGGAUCGGGAGAUGAGCCGGGUUAAGAAGCUGGCCCACAAUAUCCUACAGGAGAGGACAGAGGUGGAACGCUUCUUACUGGAAGCCCUGCAGCAGGUGAAGCAGGAAAUCAAAUCCAGCCGAAUGUGUUAUCAGAAGAUGGCGCAGGCAGCAUACAACAGCCGGAUGAUGCAAGCGGCGGCAGGAACAGAGCAUUACCCUAAAAUCAGAACCUUCCAUAACAAGGACCACAGUACCAACGAUGUCAGCCAAGAUCUCCGAGAGGCCGAGAAAUGGUCUUAUAUAGAGAGCGGGAAAGUUGACGUUGCAGAUCUAACCUGGGAGCAGAAGGAGAAGGUCCUGAGACUUUUGUUUGCGAAGAUGAACGGUUCUGUCGUCAGGAACAAGGUGCGCGCUGUACAAGCCGUAGUGUCUUCUACAAAUAGAGAACUUCAUUCCAGAAAAGCUGACAUUCUACACCGGUCCUGUGACUGCUCCAUGGACACAGCCAGCAAUCAUUUCCCUUUCAGCACCCAGGCGGCCCUGACAGCCCUAAACUACCCCAAACCCAAAACAAAAGUCCACGUUCCUGUUCUGGCAGAAUUCUGGAACUUUCCGUCCAUAUCACGAAUGGAAGCGUUUGCUUUUAUUGGCAGGGCAUGA